AUGAUACAAUUUGGAAUAAUUAGUAGAAAGUUUUCAAGUUCCUCCACAGUCCAAAGUGCCAUAAAAAAUGUAACUAUUAUUGGAGGUGGUCUUAUGGGAUCUGGAAUUGCACAGGUGACUGCUCAGGCUGGACAAGAUGUAACAUUAGUGGAUGUGAAUUCUGAUGUUCUUGCAAAAUCACAGAAAUCCAUCAGUAACAGCUUAAUCAAAAUUUCUAAAAAGAUUCACAAAGACAACCCUCAGGAAGCUGAAAAAUUUGCAAAAGAGGCUUUUGCUCGCAUUAAGACAUCUACAGAUCCAGUCAGUGCUGUUAAAGAAACUGAUUUAGUUAUUGAAGCAAUUGUUGAAAACCUUGAAGUAAAACAUUCCCUCUUUCAAAAACUUGAUAAUGCAGCACCUGCCCACACAAUAUUUGCUUCAAACACAUCAUCACUUUCUAUUAAUGAAAUUGCAUCUGUUGUGAAGAGGAAAGAUAAGUUUGGUGGUCUUCAUUUUUUUAACCCUGUGCCCAUAAUGCGUCUCCUAGAAGUAGUGCGUGGUAUGGACACAACAGACAUCACCUUCAGUACUAUGAUGGAAUGGGGCAAGUCUGUUGGCAAGACUUGUGUGUCGUGUAAGGACACACCCGGCUUUAUUGUGAACAGACUGCUAGUUCCCUACAUUGCUGAGGCCAUAAGGUUGUUAGAAAGAGGUGAUGCUUCUGCACGAGACAUUGACAUAGCAAUGAAACUGGGUGCAGCAUACCCAAUGGGCCCCAUGGAAUUAGCAGACUAUGUUGGACUUGAUACAACCAAGUUCAUACUUGAUGGGUGGUCCAAGAAAUACCCUGAUCAACCACUAUUCCGUCCUAUUCCUACCCUUAAUAAAUUAGUUGCUGAAGGAAAGCUCGGUGUUAAGAGUGGUGAGGGAUUCUAUAAGUAUGAAAAGAAAUAA